CCGCGCAUGCGCGCUCCGACCUGGGGGAGAAGAUGGCGACCGAGGCGAGCGAGGCCGAAGAUCCGGGGACUUUUCGAGACCUGGGUGUGACUGAGGUUCUGUGUGAGGCCUGUGAACAGCUGGGAUGGAAAUCACCCACCAAAAUCCAGAAGGAAGCUUUACCAGUCGCACUGCAAGGACGGGACAUUAUCGGCCUGGCUGAGACCGGCUCCGGGAAGACAGGAGCCUUUGCCCUCCCGAUUCUGCAGGCCCUCCUGGAGAAACCCCAGCGCCUGUUUGCACUUGUCCUGACACCAACCCGCGAGCUCGCCUUUCAGAUCUCGGAACAAUUCGAAGCUUUGGGUUCUUCCAUUGGAGUGAAAUCUACGGUGAUUGUUGGUGGAAUUGAUAUGAUGUCGCAAAGCCUUGCUCUGGCGAAGAAGCCUCACGUCGUUAUCGCGACCCCGGGCCGACUGAUUGAUCACCUUCAGAACACAAAGGGGUUUAACCUGCGAGCGCUCAAAUACCUGGUGAUGGAUGAGGCCGACAGGAUUCUCAACAUGGAUUUUGAAACUGAGGUUGAUAAAAUUCUCAAAGUGAUUCCAAGAGACCGCAAGACCUACCUGUUUUCUGCAACAAUGACCAAGAAGGUACAAAAGCUCCAGCGAGCGGCACUGAAGGAUCCUGUGAAGUGUGCUGUCUCAACCAAGUACCAGACUGUGGAGAAACUGCAGCAGUAUUAUGUGUUCAUCCCAGCAAAGUUCAAGGAUUGUUACCUGGUUUCCAUUCUAAACGAGCUGGCCGGCAAUUCCUUCAUCAUCUUCUGUGGCACGUGUAAUAACGCACAGCGCACGGCACUGCUGCUGCGCAAUCUGGGCUUUACCGCCAUUCCCUUACAUGGCCAAAUGAAUCAGAACAAACGAUUGGGAGCUUUGAAUAAAUUCAAGGCUAAGUCUCGGUCGGUUUUGCUGGCCACAGACGUAGCAAGCCGUGGGCUGGAUAUUCCACAUGUAGAUGUGGUUAUAAACUUUGACAUUCCCACCCAUUCUAAGGAUUACAUUCAUCGAGUGGGGAGGACAGCCAGAGCUGGACGCUCAGGAAAGUCCAUCACCUUUGUCAGCCAGUACGAUGUGGAGCUGUUCCAGAGGAUUGAGCACCUGAUUGGAAAGAAGCUUCCAGCUUUCCCCACACAAGAAGAAGAAGUGAUGCUGCUGGUGGAACGAGUGGCAGAAGCUCAGAGAUUCGCACGGCUGGAGCUAAAAGAGCAGGGGGAGAAGAGGAAACGCCCACGUGAAGAGGCUGAUGAUACAGAAGAAUCGCUGGGUAUCAGGCAAAAAGUAUCAGGAGGCAAAAUGAGAAAAAGGCCACGUUAAAAAACACAGACAAUGUGCUCAAAUUCUUUUCAGAUUGGAUCUAUUAUUUAUAUUUUAUAUACUUGCCCAUAGCUGAAAUCUAUCAGUUUGAUACACUUCCUCCGAUAUCUGUUGUGAAGACUUUACUAUUGUCAUUAAACUGAUGAGAAUGUGUCUUUUUGCAAUGACACACCUGCCAUUUAUUCAGCAACACAAUGUUCUCUUUCUCCAUCACAGUUUCCUUGGAUAAAUAGCAGCAAAAUUGUGUUACUAUUUAAAACAAAUCCUCAACUUGCUAAGUGUCAUUUGAGAAAUGUUUAAAACCGUGCAAGAUUUAACAUCUCUUAAAUAAACGCAGCCAAUUAAUGCUU